AUGGCCGACGAUGAUGUGGAAGAAGCGGUACCAAACGAAACGCAGCUGCUUCUCAAGAGAUGCCACCGGCACAUCGACUUCGAUACCACGAGUGCCUCAUCGAAAGACCACCAGCUUCCGCUGCCAAAGUCGGAGCGGACUGCCAUGUCACACGCCCAGAGACAAACUCAUUGGGGACGUACGUGGACGCGUCUGUCGCGCUAUCUGCCUUUUAUGAAAUGGAUUCCCGAGUACCAACGGAUAUGGUUUCCCGGGGACUUUAUGGGCGCUUUGACGGUGGCAUCACUUUACGUGCCCAUGUCCAUCUCGUUUGCCCUCCUCGGGCACGCUCACCCUAUCAGCGGGCUGUACUCGUUUGUGAUCACCCCGCUUCUCUACGCAUUAAUAGGAUCUUGCCCUCUGAUGGUGGUCGGACCGGAAGCGCCAGGCUCUCUGCUUGUUGGAACAGUUGUCGCGCUUUCAGAUCGAGGAAAGGACGGUGAGGAGGAUCAGACCAUCAAUGGCCAGAUAGCCGGCACCGUCACUGCCUUUACGGGGACGGUGCUGUUCCUGACGGGCCUGAGCCGGCUUGGAUUUGUGGACUCUGUGCUCAGUCGACCGUUUAUGCGAGGAUUCAUUGGCGCUGUCGGGCUCAACGUGGUGAUACAACAAACGAUCACAGGCUUGGGUCUUGAGGCAAUAGCAAAAGAGGAUCCAACCGUGUCGGAAGGAAGUCCUGCGAGGAAACUUCUCUUCAUCCUGACAAGCCUCAAUCAGACACAUCUUCUCACUGCUGCGGUCUCUAUAACCAGCUUUACGAUCGUCAUGUACCCUGUGGCCGCGUACAUCCCGGAUAGAUUUGUGGUCGUUGCCGCCGCGACGUUUCUCACUUGGUUAUGUGGCUGGCAUGAGCACGGUCUUCAGGUGCUCGGGCGGAUCCGAAAACCAGAAAAUCUUGGAAUACCUUUUCGUUGGCCAUUCACCUUUCACAACAUUGACGACAUCUCGAGUCUCAUCACCACGGCCUUUGUGAUUGCUCUAUUAGGCUUGUUCGAAUCUUCUUUGACAGCCAGAAGCCUAAGAAAGGCGAAUGCAGCGAACAAGGCGUCCAACGUGCCUUUGAACUCCAAUCAAGAACUCAUCGCGCUCGGAAUUGCCAACAUUGUUGGUGGGUGCUUUCUUGCGUUGCCCGGCUUCGGCGGUUACGGCAGAAGUAAGUUGAACUACUCGGUAGGCGGAAGGACUCCGAUGAGCAACGUCCUUCUCAGCACCAUUACCUUGGUCUGCAUUUUCUUCGCCCUCCCAGCAUUCUACUACAUUCCAAGAGGGGUUCUCGCGGCUAUGAUCGCCAUUGUUGGGGUUUCAAUGAUUGAAGAAUGUCCACACGAGAUUGUGUUUUUUGGAAAGAUAAGGGCGUGGCCUGAGUUGACACUUAUGGCGCUAGUCUUCGGGGCCACGAUCUCCCAUUCUAUCACACUGGGAAUGUCUCUGGGGCUCGCAUGGUCAAUUGUGGCUUGGGCGACGCACCGAGGUUGGAGGGCCGAAGUGCGAGUGCGGGAUUCGUCAGUACAAGCAUUAGAGGAUGGCGACCUGGGACACAUAGCAUCGCUUUCAUCGAUGCGAACACUCGUCGUCACCAUCGUCGGACAUCUGACCUUUGCCAAUUCCAGCGAUCUGAAAGAUCGCCUGGAGGUCCUCGAUCACGAAGCAAUUUCUGUACAUCAGAGGACCGGUUCCCGAUUUCACCACCGACACGUCGACACAGAAACCGUCCUCAUAUUCGACAUGCGCCACUGCACCAGCAUUGACGGAUGUGCGAUCCAGGCCGUGACAGAGAUCAUCGAGCACCACGCCGCCAAAGGGACGCGCAUUGUCGUCUGGAAGCCCCUGCAGUCCCACGUCGGAGACGACAUGGAGAACAAACUGGCCCUGAGCGGCGCCGCGAGUCUCGCAGAGGAUAAUCUGAUCUUCGCGACCACCUUGGACGAGAUUCGAGCGUUAUAUGGCGAAUCUGGGGAGGGACGUCCGGAGUCGGUCUUUGAAUCUUUGGACAUGUCCGACGUAGACUCGGAGGGAUGA